CAUCGCGUCGUCGUCAACCCCAACAGAGUUCGAGCACGGCUCAGUUCCCUCGGCAACACGAACUCCAGUUGUUAAUGGCGACGGUGGCCACGCUUUCUUCUCACCACCCAUCCGGACCCGCCGCCAGAUGAAUGGCAAGAGCCGCUUUGCGAGAACUCCUCCGUCUUAGAAGCACCGCUUCCACUUCGAGGUCGAGCCUCAGUUUCUUUUGCUCGCAUUCAUGUCAAUCUUCUUCAGUUGAGAGCAGGGACAACUCCCUGUUCGAUUCGAGCCUCAAGCUUCUCGAAACCUGUCGAAGCGCUCGAGAGCUGCUUCAGAUUCACGCUCGGUUGAUCACUUCAGGCCUCAUCCGCAAAGCAGCUCUGUCCAGCAGAGUCCUGAGGAUGCAUCUGGAGCUGGGUCACGUUCAAUACGCGAUCUUGACUUUUGAGUGCAUACAUUCGCCGAGUACUUUCUGCGUCAAUACCGUGGUUGAAGCUUACUCGGUUAGCUCGGUGCCGAAUGAUGGGGUACGGUUGUAUUUUAAGAUGCUGAGGCGCGGGGACUUUGUCCCGAACAGCUACACUUAUGUGCCGCUCCUCGGUUGUUGUGCUAAGAUUGGUUGUGCUGGAACCGGAAAGAAGCUUCACGGGCAAGCUGUUAAGAACGGGGUUGACGGGGUGUUGCCAGUGCAGAACUCGCUGAUUCACAUGUACGGUUCUUGUGGGGUUAUUGAGAUUGCUCAGAUGUUGUUCGAUGAAAUGCAGCUGAGGGAUUCGGUGUCUUGGAACGCUACUCUUUAUAUGUACGUCAGAACAGGUGAUUUGGUGUCCGCACGCGACAUAUUUGUCGAAAUGCCUGAGAAAAAUGUGGCUGCGUACAACAUCUUGAUUGUCGGGUAUGUGAAGGGCGGAAAUCCUGGGGCUGGGUUAAAAUUGUUUCGAAAUAUGAUGUCCAAGGGGGUGGGAGCCAGCAAUAGGACUAUGGCUGGUGCAGUUAUGGCUUGUGGAAGGUCGGCCAGACUGAAAGAGGGGAAAUCAGUUCAUGGCUUUCUCAUCAAGAACUUCUUGGAAUCGAAUAUCUUGAUAGACACAGCUUUGAUAGAUAUGUAUAGUAGGUGUGAACGGGUGGAUGUGGCAUGCAAAUUGUUUGACAAAAUCGAGGUAAAGAAUCCAGUAUGUUGGAAUGCCAUGAUCUUAGGGCAUUGCAUCCAUGGGAAUCCAACCGACGGAAUAAAACUAUUUGAAGACACAUUAGGUAGACUUAGGUCAGGCAAUUCUGGCAAAAAGAAGAGGAAAAAACGGAAAAGAAAGUGGUUGGUGAUGGCGGAAAGGCAAGAAGUUUUUCCAGAUGAAGUUACUUUCGUCGGUAUUUUGUGUGCUUGUGCACGCGCCGGACUACUGGAAGAGGGCAGAAACUACUUCAGCAAAAUGACCAGUAGUUUUGGAAUAAAACCCAAUUUCGCACAUUACUGGUGCAUGGCCAAUCUGCUUUCUGGAGCUGGGCUCGUUCAGGAAGCAGAGGAGAUACUGAGGUGCAUGCCUCAGGAUGACGACAACAUGUCAUCGCAAUCCUCUUCGUGGGCUAACUUGCUGUCCUCGUGUCGCUUUAAAGGCGCUGUGGCGGUGGGGGAAAAGAUAGCACAGUCACUUAUCGAGAAGGAUCCUCAGAAUUUCUCGUAUUACCAGCUGCUGCUAAACGUAUAUGCAGUGGCUGGUCAGUGGGAAGAUGUUGGCAUUUUGAAGGAUGUCAUUAAGAAGAAGAUUGGAAGGAUACCACAGUGUGGUCUUGUAGACCUGAAUGAUAUCGUUCAUCAGCUCAGAGUGAGUGAUGUUUGGCAAGAAGAGAUGCAGAUUGCACAAGUUUCAAAUUAAGGAAACAACUUCCUCAGUGACCUGACUUUGAAUUUGAGCGGCCACAAUACAAAUUCUGUAAUGUACAUUGAAGCGGCAUUUUUCCAUACCAUAGGAGACCAUCUUCUGGGCAGAUGGAAUUUUGGAUUUAUACAGGAACUAU